AUGGCUGUGUCUACACGAAAUGCGGUUGAAGAUAUCUGGGGUGAGCGGAAACCUUACAAACAUGUCUGGCCCGAUCGAGUGGACCAAGUCACCAUCGAGGAGCCAGAGACAUGGGUUCAAGCUGCAUGUGUGAUGUGCAGCAAUGGCUGCGGUUGCGAUAUUGGUGUCAAGGAUGGAAAAAUUGUCGGUAUCCGUGGAAGAGCAACAGACAGGGUGAACAGGGGGCGAUUAGGACCCAAGGGUCUUUAUGCUUGGAAAUCUCUACAGCACCCGGACAGGUUGAAAUACCCCAUGAUACGCCGGAAUGGCAAGCUUGAGCGCGCCACUUGGGACGAAGCCAUGGACUUGAUUGUCGAGCGGACUCGAGAUGUCCAACGUCGCUUGACGAAUCAUGGUAUCGGGUUUUACACGACCGGUCAACUGUUUCUCGAGGAGUAUUAUACUCUGGCGGUUGUUGGGAAAGCAGGCUUGAGUACUUUGCAUAUGGACGGUAACACGCGUCUCUGCACAGCGACUGCAGCUGCUUCAAUGCGAGAGAGCUUUGGCUCGGAUGGUCAACCCGGUUCAUACACUGACAUUGACUUUACCCAUUGCAUUCUGAUGGUCGGUCACAAUAUGUCGGCAACUCAAACUGUGCUGUGGGCGAGAAUAUUGGACAGGUUGGAAGGGCCAGAGCCUCCCACACUUAUCGUCAUUGAUCCCAGAAAAUCCGACUCCGCGAAAAAGGCAACAUUGCAUCUUGCGCCCAGAAUUGGCACCAACCUGGCUUUACUCAACGGCAUCCAACACGUGCUGUUCGCGAAGAAAUACAUCAACGAGGAAUACGUUUCCAAACAUGUGAUCCAAAGGGAAGAGUUACGCGACGUCGUGAAAGAAUACCCUCCUUCAAAGGUAUCACAGAUCACCGGUGUGUCUGAAGCAGACAUCAUCGAGGCGGCGGACAUCUUAGGAAACGCCAAGUCGCUCCUGUCAACUGCAUUGCAAGGAGUUUAUCAGUCCAAUCAAGCCACUGCUAGUGCCUGUGCCAUCAACAACAUCAACCUACUCCUUGGCCACAUUGGCAGGCCUGGCAGUGGAAUCUACCAAAUGAAUGGCCAGCCAACAGCCCAAAACAACCGUGAGGCUGGCUGCGACGGCGAAUAUCCUGGCUUCCGCAAUUUCUCUAACCCUGUUCACAUGCAGGAAUUGGCCGAUCUUUGGAACAUCGAUUACGAACAUGUACCGCACUGGAAUCAACCCACUCACAUUGAGAAUAUGUUGAAAUACAUCGCCGCUGGCUCGAUUGAGAUGUUCUGGAUCAAUGGGACGAAUCCGCUUGUCAGUUUACCUAAUCUGCAAAUGACCAGAGAACUUUUGACAAAGGAAAGCCUCUUCGUGAUCGUCCAGGAUAUCUUUCCGACCGAGACCACGGCAAUUGCGGACGUGGUACUGCCUGCCGCUGCGUGGGGAGAGAAGACUGGAUGUUUUACAAAUGUCGAUCGAACUGUUCACAUAUCGCACAAGGCAGUGGAACCGCCUGGUGAGGCCAAGUCCGACUUCGAGAUAUUUGCGGACUACGCCAAACGAAUGGACUUUAGGGACAAGGACGGUGACCCGCUGAUUACCUGGACCUAUCCAGAAGAAGCUUUCGAAGCUUGGAAGAAAUUAUCCAAAGGUCGACCAUGCGACUAUUCUGGCUUGAGUUAUGAUAAACUUACUGGCGGGUCGGGGAUUCAGUGGCCUUGCACGGAAAGGUAUCCUUAUGGUAAAGAAAGGCUGUUCGACGAUGGGAUAUUCUUCACCGACGUCGAGUAUUGCGAGUCAUUCGGACACGACCUCGAAACUGGUGCACCAUACACCAAGGACCAGUACAAAGCCAUGAAUCCGGCAGGCCGAGCCAUACUCAAGCCUUGUCAUUACCAACCAGAAUUCGAAGGUGUCGACCAGGAUUAUCCACUGCAGCUGUCAACCGGUCGUCGGCCACUUCAUUUCCACACUCGAACCAAGACGGGCAGAACGAAAGAGCUUCAGGGAGCCGAUCCCGAGCCUUAUGUCCAGAUCUCUGAGAAGGAUGCGAAGAAGUAUAAAGUCAAGGAAGGCGACCUUGUGGUCGUGGAAUCACGCCGCGGAAAGAUUGAAGUGCCAGCCCGGGUGGGCUUGAUGGCCGUUGGGCAGGUUUUCAUCCCUUUUCACUUUGGUUAUUUUGACGACCACACGGGGAGGUCAAGAGCAGCCAACGAAUUGACUCGCCAACAAUGGGAUCCCGUCUCGAAGCAACCGCAAUUCAAGUCAGGGGCCGUGCGCAUCACGAAGGUUGAUCCGUCUGAAAGGGAGAAAGUUCACGCGCCGGAGCUGCAGACAGCCGCAAUCGAGGCCAAGGAAGAGGGCAACAAGGCGAUUACUCAGCGUGGCGGACCCAAAGGUGAAAACGAGAGAACAGAAAGCUUCCUUCAAUACUGGUUGGGGGCAACCUAUGCGUCCAUGGAGACACUGCGGGACAUAUGCGAUCAUCUCAUGUCCCGCAUAACACACUCGGACUAUGAGAUCAGCAGCGGCAUGAAGAUCAUGCAUCGCAUCAUCACGUCUUGUCUUGACAGACUUGGUCCGAUCACGGUGAAGUAUCGUAGCGAGAAUGGUUAUGGCCGGCAGACUUCGUUGGACUUGCAGAAAAGGCUGUUUCCCGACACAGACGUGGGAAAUAUUUCAGGAUCCAAUGCUUACGACAUUUUGAUGGCUCUGCAGAGCUUCUACCUAUUCCUCGGUCAUGUCGAAAGUCAUAUUAUCACCAUCUCGCCAGCGGCACAGGCCACCUGGGACCGCGAAUUCAUCGGGGCAACUGAUUUCGUCAACACCCAAAUCGGCAGGAUGUACGGAUGGACGAAGCAGCAGCUCGGGUCGAGAGGUCCUCAGACUCUCUUGGUGCCUUGCAAGGAAGCAGCCAAGCUCAAGGAUAGAAUGAAGGACGAACUGGAUACCAAAUAAAGAAUUGAUCUCGGACGGCCAUAUUGAAUAUCGCGCUACACAUACAAAGCCACAGGAAUGAUAAAGUCUGCAUAAGUAUAAUUUUCCUUAAAUGUCAUUCAACAUCCAAACAACUAACUGAGGUGAAAUUAAGAGUGAAAUCGUUACUGUAGCUCGUGGCCAAAGAAUGACCUCCCAGUCAGAAUCUAUGAAGAAAGGGGUGGAGGGGAAGAAGAAAGAAAGUCAGACAACGCCAGAACCACUCCGAGCUCCU